AGCAAAGCCGGAAAAAAGAUGUCAAGUCAAAGCAGCAUGCUGCUGCCCGACUUUCUCACUACUGCAGAGCUAUUAAAGCAAGGCGCCGAAGCGCGAGUAUACCGGGCUGUGUUUCUAGGGAAGCCGACUAUCGUGAAAGAACGCUUCCCGAAACGUUACAGGCACGCGGUGUUGGACGAAAAACUGACACACCGUCGAACCGUGCAAGAGGUUCGUUCGAUUCUUCGCUGCCGAAGAGCAGGCAUAUCAGCUCCCGUCGUGUACUUUGUGGACUACACCUCCCACUGCAUUUUCAUGGAGGAAAUCGUGGCUUCGACAACAGUGCGUGACCACAUUGUUUCCGCUCAGCGGUCCGCUUCCUCCUGUUCUGAACUGGAGCAUCUGGCUAAGAGGAUGGGUCACAUCUUGGCCAAAAUGCACGACCAAGACGUCAUCCACGGUGACCUCACCACCUCCAACGUGCUGCUGAGCUGUCCACCGGAGAACGGCCGGUCCGAUCUGGUCCUCAUCGACUUUGGUUUGAGUUACAUCUCCACGCUGCCCGAGGAUAAGGGGGUAGAUUUGUAUGUGCUGGAGAAAGCUUUCCUCAGUACUCAUCCCAACACAGAGGCGUUGUUUGAGACGCUACUCCAGAGCUACACAGCCUCAUCCAAAAAAUCACAAGCGGUCAUUAAAAAGCUUGAUGAAGUUCGUUUGAGGGGGAGAAAGAGGUCUAUGGUGGGAUGAAAGGCUGAAGCGAAAUAUUUGAAUAAAAAAGUCGCUAACAUUU